AUGGAUCUGCUGCAGAAGAGCAAAUACAGCCACCUGCGGAACGAGUCUGUGUCCUCGCUGGAAGAGGCAGUGGGAGGCCUGGGGGUCUUGGCUUCCCCGGUGGAGUCCCUGGCAGGCACACGGUCUCUGCCUGCCUCCCUCUCCUCCUCCUCUCUCUGCCCCGCGGCGUCUCUCGGGGAGCUCUCUCCCGAGUCUGAGGACAGCCCCACCACCCUCUGCUCCUUCUUCCCCAAAAUGGCCAACCUGAAGCUCUCCAACCCUGCCAACCUGCUCAGCCUGCGAGGUUCUUCGGCCGGCGGCAGCCCGGGGGAGCCCAGCUCUACCGGGACGGCGGCGCCGGCACCAGGGGGAGCUGCUGCUGGAGGCUCAGCCUCAGCGGGACCUGUCCCUGUCUGUCCCCAGGAUAUGAACAAGCUGAGCUGCGGGAAGAAGACGCGGGUGGAAGGCGGCCAGCUGGGGGGGGACGAAUGGACCAGGCACGGCAGCUUCGUCAAUAAACCCACCCGCGGCUGGCUGCACCCCGAUGAUAAGGUCAUGGGCCCCGGGGUCUCCUACCAUGUCCGGUACAUGGGCUGCGUGGAAGUUCUCCAGUCCAUGAGGGCUCUGGAUUUCAACACCAGGACACAGGUCACCAGGGAAGCCAUUGGGCUGGUGUGUGAGGCUGUGCCCGGUGCCAAGGGAGCUGUGCGAAGGAGGAAGCCCUGUGGCCGCUCCCUGAACUCCAUCCUGGGCAAGAGCAACCUGAAGUUUGCUGGCAUGCCCAUCACCCUGACCAUCUCCACCAGCAGCCUCAACCUCAUGGCUUCUGACUGCAUGCAGAUCAUUGCCAACCACCACAUGCAGUCCAUCUCCUUCGCUUCUGGGGGAGACCCGGACACAGCUGAGUACGUUGCCUACGUUGCCAAAGACCCUGUCAACCAGAGAGCCUGCCAUAUCCUGGAGUGCCCUGAGGGCCUGGCACAGGACGUGAUCAGCACCAUCGGGCAGGCCUUUGAGCUGAGGUUCAAGCAGUACCUGAAGAACCCCCCAAAGCUGGUGACACCCCACGACAGGAUGGCAGGGUUUGAUGGCUCUGCCUGGGAUGAGGAAGAGGAGGAACCAGCCCCAGACCAUCAGUAUUACAAUGACUUCCCUGGCAAGGAGCCUCCCAUCGGGGGGGUGGUGGACAUGAGGCUGCGGGACGGAGCUGCUCAGACCCCCAAUCACUUGGGGGCCACACUGCCCGUUGGCCAGUCAAGCCCUGGGGACUAUGAAGCCCGGAAGCAGCACCCUGCACCCCAAGCAGGGAGAGAGAAGUACCCAGCUGCAGGGGGCACAUCUGGGCGCACAGACCUGUUUGAUGAUCCAUCCUACGUCAACGUGCAGAACAUGGACAAGGCUCGGCUGGCAUCGGCCGCUGGCACCCCUGGCACGGCCAAUGGCAGCGCCCAGAGAGACCUCUUUGAUAUGAAACCCUUUGAAGAUGCCCUGCGUGUGCCCCAGGCCGUGCCCAUGGGGCUGCCUCCCACCCAGGUGUUGGCCUCCAUGGAGGAGCAGCUGAGAAGGGAGCCUUGGUACCACGGGAAGAUGAACCGCAAGGAGGCCGAGAAGCUGCUGAAGGUGAACGGAGACUUCCUGGUGCGGGAGAGCACCACCACCCCUGGCCAGUACGUCCUGACCGGCCUGCAGGGUGGGCAGCCCAAGCACCUGCUGCUGGUGGACCCUGAGGGAGUGGUCCGGACGAAAGACCACCGCUUCGAGAGCGUCAGCCACCUCAUCAGCUACCACAUGGACAAUCACCUGCCCAUCAUCUCGGCUGGCAGUGAGAUGUGCCUGCAGCAGCCAGUGGAGAGGAGACUCUGAGU